CACAAAGGGCUGUGGCCGCGCAUAGAGGAUGGGCACUCGUUUGUCGACGAUGCAAGCCGGUUGGGAUCAUGGCUAUUCGCAUCCGAUCCCCAUGGCACCCAAAUGGCAAAUCUGAUAUGUGCAAUUGACCCACAUUGCGAAUUAUAUGUUGCGAAGGUCGUUGAAGGCAGACAGGGCAUUUUGCCUGACAAUGCUAUAAACUGGGCGAUCAGCAGAGACGUGGACAUUAUUUCCAUGAGCUUUUCUAUUCCGGAUUUUACCAACAACAACCAAUAUUCCAACAUGCUUCGGAAGGCGGUCACGGAGGCGGACCACAAGGGCAUCAUUCAGUACUGCAGCCACCAUGAUGAAGGCUGGAAUGUGAAGGACUCGUGGCCCGCCAGCUGCAGUGAAACCAAGGUCAUCGUGGCAUGCAACGAGUUUGGCAAUUUUUCCGAUCGCCAUGUAGGACAGUAUGACUACAAGGUCCACGGUACUGACAUCUCGGCCGGUGCAGUGCCGUACUUGGAGUCCAAUGACAGCAUAUCUGGAAGCUCCGUUGCUACCGCUAUAGUGGCCGGGGUCUCGUCGCUCAUGCUCUCGUGCCGUCGCAUGCAAUUCCCAGAGGAAACUUUC